UCAGCAUGGUUCCUCACCCCCGUCCCGCGCGCAAAAGUCCUCGAAGCCCUCAACGACGCCAAACUCUUCACGUCCCUCACAAACCCCCUCCCCACCACAAACACCCUCACCCUCCUCCCCAUCACCAUCCCCGGCUUCCCCCCAGACACCCACCCAGUCCUCUCCACCAUCGGCCUGAACGACGACAUCCGCCUCUCCGCGCUGCAAAUCAGCGGCGCGCUACUAACCUCCAGCACCGCAAUCCCCUUCGUCAGCUACAACGGGCGCCCGACGCCCCUCCUCGCGCCCCUGAACGGCUACAUCGGCGGCCCCAACCGCGGCACCCUGCUCGACCGCCUGCGCCUCGCGGGCGUGCUGCCCGCGCUCGUGUCCUCGCUCACCGGCGGCGUGGCGCUGCGGCUCGGCGACUUCGCGCCCGGCGACGCGGCGUACGCGUGCACCGCGGUCCAGUGCAGCGCAGCAGCCAAGUGGGUGGUGCUGCCCAACGAGGUCUCCGGGCCGGGCGUGUAUCCGCAGGCGCUGGACGUCGCGUUCCGCACCACCGCGGCGCCCGCAUACACCCAGGAUUUCUGGGCGGACGUGAUCAAUCAGCCGCUCCUGCUGACGGGGCUCAGCGCCGGUAUGUGCCAGCGCAACGCAUAUUUCUUCAACGAGACGACCGCGGAGCCGGUGUUUCGCCAGGGCAGUGUGACGCUCGGGCCGUCGAGUAGUGGGCUCGGGCUUGGGCUCGCGGGGAAGACGGCGCUGCAGGGCGUGUAUACGGGGGUGCAGGGGUUUGGGGCGUGUGCGCAGCAGGUGGGGUUUGAGCCGGAGAGGUGUGAUGGGUUGUGA